AUGAUACCUUUAUAUGUGUAUAAUGGAGAUGCAUACGUUUGGAAUUCUGAUGAUUGGCAAACUCUACGAAUAAACCAUAGAAUAUGCGGUGCACUGAUUGGUACGGUUCCUUCUUUUCCUCGACAAAAUGAUUUUCAAGGGUUACCAAUGGUUUUAAUGACAGAAGAAGCGGUACUGCUAGUAAAAAAAGGAAUUUGUGAGCUUAUCGAACUACCAGGCAUAAAUAACAGUCUAUCUGAAGAACAAAAACAGGAAAUGAAAGAGGUUGACCAAAAAAUUUUAGAAGAGCAAUCUGAUGCAUUAAGGAAGAGAAAAAUAGAACAAUUAUCACAAAAAAUAGACAUCAUACUUGCAGGCAAAAAGCAAAAAUUAUUAUCUAAGGGAAUAUUUAAUGCAAACCUAGAUAAAGACAUUUUGUUACAAGAAGAAAUAAACAAACUACCUAAAUUGGCUCCUGCUCAUGUUUUAGUACAUCUGCCAACUGAACAUUUUAUAAAUACAGAGCAUAAAAGAAGUUCUAUAAGUGUUUUAAGACCCAGUGUUUUUGAUAGAGAAGGUUCAGCUCGUUAUGCAGUUUUUAAAGAUUUAUGGGAAAAGGGUCACUAUAUUACAAGUGGUUCAAAAUUUGGAGCAGACUAUCUUGUAUAUCCUGGUGAUCCAGUAAAAUUUCAUGCAAUA